AUGAGCAUGAUUGGAGGAAAUGACCCUUUCGACAUGUAUCGGCACUACAUUUUCCGACCUGCCAGCAAAGAAUGCACGGAAACCAGUUGCCAUCAGACGGCUGGCAUUCAGUUUUACGUCACCGAUAAUCGUGUGAUCUUGUUGGAUACUCAGCCGGUUUUGAGCAGCAGUGCUCUCGAUUACCUGCUGCAGAAUGAUCGUCGCUACAGCUAUGACUGGAGCACGUUCGAAAACCAUGUCGAAAUUGAGUCUCUACAAAUUGCGGCUUUCCUUUUUCAAGUUUGUCAUGUGGUUAUUGUACUAUUCGAUUGGUUCUUGGACGUAAGCCUGAUAAAUUUCCUUUAUACCGCUGAAAUGCUUAAGCCGAGUAUGCAUCUGUCUGAAGGUCCCGUGAACGUAGACUAUUACCCUCAUUUGAGUGAGUGCUUUGCAUUUUGA